CUUUGUCCUUUAGCGCUGAUGGAUAAGAAUUUGCGGACGGCGGCAAAUCUCGCCGGGCGUUGUCGGUGCAGAAGGGCGUCGGUGCCGCCCCUGCCGCGCCUCUAUAAAAGCAAAGUGCAUAGUCACCAGCCGCGGCAGGGCGCGCAAAGCACUUGUUGGCAGGCGGCGGAGAGGGGCAUCAGCGCCGCGCCUUCGCCUCUCUGCCCGCCGGUCCAAAGGCGCAGCCAGCCCGACGGAGGGGGUGACGGCGAAGCAACAAGCCAGCCCGGAGGCUCGCUCGGGGGCUGGAGCCCAGGAAGCCCCUGGAGGGCUUCAAGAGUAGGGGCGCCCACCCGGCAGCGCCCUCCUCUCCAAACGCGCCGCCUCCCGCUUCGCCAUGGGGCGCUACACAGGCCAGACGUGCCGCCUGAUCUUCAUGCUGGUGCUGACGGCGGGCUUCUUCGUGGCCGAGAUGGUGUCGGGCUACGUGGGCAACUCCAUAGCGCUGGUGUCCGACUCCUUCAACAUGCUCUCCGACCUGAUCGCGCUCUGCGUGGGCCUCUCCACCGGGCGCAUCUCCCGCCGCCGCCGGCGCCGCAGCCCCGACGCCUCCUUCGGCUACGGCCGCGCCGAGGUGGUGGGCGCGCUCUGCAACGCCGUCUUCCUGGCCGCGCUCUCCUUCACCAUCCUCGUGGAGGCCUUGCAGCGCCUGGCCAGCCCCCAGGCCAUCCGCGACGCCAAGCUCAUCCUCAUCGUGGGCGCGCUCGGCCUCGCCGUCAACCUCGUGGGGCUCCUCGUCUUCCAGGACUGGGCCUCCUGCUGGCCCACCUGCCUCCGACGCGGCCCGUCGGCCAAGGCCACGCCAGAGCCCAGCCUCGACGGAGACCCCGAGCCCGGCGCCGCCGCGGCCCCCGAGGGCGCCCUGCCAGCGGCCCUCGACCUUGACCUGGAGUCUUGCAGCGUGGACGGAGCAGGUGACACCAUAAAUACCCAGAAUAAGCCCGAAGAUGAGGUGAUACAGAAAAAAGAGAAAAAAUCCGAAGCUUUGAAUAUCAGAGGUGUUCUUUUGCAUGUGAUGGGGGAUGCUCUUGGCUCAGUUAUCGUUGUAGUGGCUGCUUCCAUAUUCUAUGCACUUCCUCUGGACGAGAACACCCCAUGCAACUGGGAGUGCUACAUUGAUCCAAGCCUGACCAUAAUUAUGGUGAUCAUCAUACUCUCGUCAGCCUUCCCGCUUAUCAAGGAGACGGCAACAAUCUUACUGCAGAUGGUUCCCAAGAGUGUUAAUAUGCAGUUGCUGACAAACAAGCUUCUCGAAGUGCCAGGCAUUACAAGCAUUCAUGAGGUGCACGUCUGGGAGAUGGUCAGUGGGAAGAACAUUGCCACCCUCCACGUCAAAUGCCACACCAGUUCCGAUUACCAAGAUGCUUCGCAGAAGAUGAGGGAGUUGUUCCACGAAGCGGGGGUCCACUCAGUCACCAUCCAGCCAGAGUACACCGACCAGAAGAACCCCGAAGUCCUGUGCAGCACUCCGUGCAUCUCCAGAGCUUGCGACCCGCAGCUGUGCUGCAGCCAGCAGGAAGCGGCCCUGGCUGAGGUCAACGGCUACAACGAGAAGAAGAGCAGCCUGUCUCCCUCGCUGCACAAAGUCUUCCACAGGAAAGACGUGGUGGAGAUUCCCAAUGAACCCACGUGGGCCGAGGAGCCCGUCAAAAAGCACAGCUGCUCAAAGGACAGUUACAAAGAAGCAGGCGAUGACAAGCCCUAUAUAAAUAGCACACAAUUCUAGGCAGCUUGGG